GACUGCGUGGAUUACUGCCUGUCCAGGUCGUUCGAAGCAGCCCGCAACGAACUGGAUCUGUGUCCUCACAAGCUGCAAAGUAUAUGGCUCUCGAAUCUGAAUCCAUCUAUUGAAGCCCCACAUCUGCGGCGACAAUGAAAGCAAGCUUCUCCGGGAAGCCUCCGUAAAGCGUGCGUGCAAAUGAGCCGUCACAAUCAGGACAUUGCAAUUAAGUGCGUUGGACAUGGCCCUGAUCCCACUACAGAAAAAGAGAGCUUAGAGCGGUGUUGGAACUUGUCCUAUCUCACUGUGGAUCUAGAGAAAGAUCGACAACUUUUCUACGAACUAUCAAUGUCCUAUACGGUGUACAACACACGAAAGAGGAAGCUCUUGCCAGAUAUCAUGUUUCGAGUAUCCCAGGUAGGCAAUCUAAGCGUCUGCUUAGAGCUUGACUUGCGAGUCCAAAGCCUGACACCAAUCCACUCCGGUGCUGUUCAGUGUCCACAAACUUGCCGUGCGGAUUCCCUGACACCGACCCGUGCCUUUGUUCCACUGUGGAACGACUUGGAGCUUGAACGGUUGUCUCCAUCUGGUGGCGGCAGUACACUUCCACGUCGUCGUCCGCGUAACUUGUCCAAGCCUCAUCGAUUCUAUCCCUCUGCGCCAAUUGCAACGGUGCAUGGUAAUAACCUUCAGGGCAAGCAUUUCUAGACUCGAACUGGCCAGAUUAAAGAUACAAUAGUGUGAUUCCUCGUGGAACGCCACCCUUGGAUGUGAUCAACUCUUGACAGUGGAUUAUAUGUUGCCCGUAUAGGCUGUGUAUCCACAAUAUCCCGAGGCACGGGCUGUCUAAGGUUAACCGUCAGGAGAUAUUCGAGCGAAUAAUUUCCCCGACUUGCCCAUGAGAACAGGUGCAU